AUGAUCACCCUUCACCACAUCAACCAUGUGUUGAAUCCUCUGAUUCUGAUGACAUCAUUCUUUUGGAUCGCGAGCAAUUGUAUCGCCGAGAGUUGUCAGAUGUCGUCUUAUUACGGUCCGGUUCCCGAGCCGGAUCCCGGUCAGCCUUAUAACAAAUACUACUGGGUGAAAUCAGCUAUGGAGAAACUUCGAAGCGGACGCCUGAAAGGAGCCUCUUUAAAUGAAGUUUGUUCGGCAGAAUUUGACGGACCUCUUGGGAUUGAGGAUGGAGACAUUCUGGACAGUGAUCUUAGUGCAUCGACUAUGGCCGGGACUUACUAUAGAGCAAGUCAAGCAAGGCUUAAUAAUCAAGUUCCGGCUCCUGCAUGGUGCGCAUACGACUAUGACCCGACUCCAUGGAUACAAGUCAACUUCAAAGCUAACGUGUCCAUUACUGGUCUGAUCACACAGGGAAUGUACAACUCCAACCGCCAUGUGAUUACAUUCCGCGUUCAGUACGGUGACUCCCCAUCAUCAUUGACAGACGUGACAACUUCCAGUGGUGUCCAAUUGUUCACCGGUAAUUCUGAUGCAGAUAGUCACGUGACCAACCGGUUCUCGCCAGUGUUGCACGCCCAAUAUCUGCGCAUCUUCCCGGUUUCGUGGGUUAAAGGAAACAAGUGCUGUAUGCGCUUUGAGGUGUUAGGAUGUCGAUAA